GGAUCCUGCCUGAAAUUAGAAGCCCUCAUCGGAUGCUCCUCUCUCUGUCUCUCUCUGCUUCUCGUCCAUGGCGAUCCGGUGGCCGCGCAACCUCACGGCCGUCGUGGCUCCCCGUGGUGACACCUUUCUCCUCCUCGUUGCCGUCCUCUCCAUCGUAUCUCUUCUCACUCACGAACUCUCUCGCCACUCCGCCCUCGCCGCCGACUUUGAGGGAUUCGAUUCCGACGAACUCGACGACGCAGAAGAGGUAACUUACCACGAUGACCUCCCCCUAUCCGGUCCCGUCCCGCCUCCGGCCACCUUGCUAUCAAAAUCCGCCUCACCGGAGACCCACCACGGGCCCCCGCCCACUCCCAACCCCUCUCCGACCUCUGAUGCUUGGGACGAGGAUGAGUUCGAGGGCAUACCCGUUUCCGUCCCGCCUCCUGAUCUGACCGCUGCCCCCGAAGGGGAGCUCCCUUCCCCCUCUGUUCCCUCGCCUUCUCCGCCGCCACCAUCCAUCAGAUCGUACACCACCGAGAUCGUCUGCGUUAGCUUCCUGAUUUGUUUCUUAAUCAAUUACUUCACUGGGAAGCGCGAGAACGAGACCAUCGCUCUCGCCUGGGCCACCAAGUUUGCCACCAAAGACUCCAUCUUUGAGAAGAACUUCAGCCUCUUGGGCACCGGAGACGGCAAGGACACUGCUCUCCUGUUGAAGGAGGGGCAGGACGUGUUCAAGUUCUAUGCCAGCGGCCGGAGAUACUGCCAGAGUUUGCUAGCCACGAUGGAAAUGCGGAACCGGCAUGACCUGAUCUCGAGGGCGAUUGAUUUGGUACUUUCCAAUAAGGAUGUCAUCACUUUUGAGGUGGCGAUGAAUGAGGAAUCGAUGGAUCACGUCGUCCUGGCAGUAGCAAGGAGGAAGCUGGCUAAAAAUAUGCACAAGGAAGAGAGGGACCUGCAAAGGUAUGCAAAUCCAGGGAUGAACCCACCAUCUGGAAGGAAGUGGAUAGCAGAUGAGCUGCUUGUGGUCACUGAAUCAAAAGAAGUCGCUGGAGAUCUGAUAACUGAUGCCGUUCUGGAUCAGGUCUUCGGUGAGAAGGCAUUUGAGAAGUUCGGGAAAUGGUUCAUCUCUAUGCAUUUCUCAGAUCAACGUCCAGGGUCUCACAAGAAGACACUCACGUUCAAAUUUGCACUUCCAGAUGCCAAUAGCAUGUCCGACAUGACGCGAUUAGUUGCUCUUGUACCAUAUUACAUCGACUUAAUUGGUCGGUACAAGCUAAGUUCUCAUGCCCGUUCCAAAACUGAAGCAGUCAGAGCAAAGGUCGCCCAAGAGGUAUACAGAGAACUCCUCGGCUUGAGACAGGAAGCCAUCCAGAAAAAGAAAGCAGAAAAGAAAGAGACUGAAACCAAACUCGGCGCUGAGGCACUUCGCAAGAAAGAAGAGAAGGACCGUGCUCGGCAACUGAAGAAGUCAAUGCCCAAAGUCAAGAUGCUUCGAUCUCACUAGAACCUCUAGUCUCUUCUACCUUCGUCUUAUAGUUUCAUCGAUAUUGGAGAUGCUCGACCAAACUAUCCUCUUACCGUUUCUAGUGGUACUCGUCAAAGAAGACCAGCUACUGGAUCUUCAAGUUCCUGCUUAACAGAUUAAUUAUUACUGACUGAAGGUGAGUAUGGGUACACCUUUUUUGUUUUUGGAACUGAUACAUUAAUAUUUAGACUAAAACCCAUAGCAUGCCAUGUCUUUUUACAAUGGUAUAUGUUGUCUCUUGGAAAUCUGGAA